GCAGAGUCCAGUAUAGUGGUGGUGGGGUUUUACUGGGUUUUAGGGUUGGAAGUGAGAGAAACAAUGGCAGCUCCAAUUGCCGGAAGAUCGACGGUGGUGGUGCGUACGCUGUUCAGAGCAACAACUACCAAUCCAACAGCGUCGGCGAGCAGACUUUCAUCGUCGCCUCUCUCUUCGGUACGCUCAGCUUUCAGGCCUCUUCAAUCUCGACUCUCUUCCCCUCCUUCUUCCAGGUUGGUACGACGAGAAUUGGCUUCUCUUAGACCCAUCCACACCGCCAUUGCAUCGGCUUGCCUUGUCUCCAAGCUCCCCGCCGAUCCCACCAUCUGUAUCGAAGGUAGAUUUGCCAACUAUAUCAGUCCCAUCUAACAGUGAGGUUUGUGGAGUUUCAAAGUUCUCUUCUCCUUUUGAUGAAUUUUCCUUUAAGAAGUCAGAAUCCAUAUCUUCCAAGGAUUUAUUAUUGAAAACGUUUGUUUAGGUUGAGUAGCAAGUCAUUGCUACAUCCUGAAAUUUUCCUACUUAGUUUGUUUAAUGAAUCUGAUUCAGCUAUGAUGGUUAACAGGAUAUCUGUAUGUUUUAUAGUAAAUCAUCUGAAAUGAUUGUAUUGAGUUAAUGCAUAAUAAUGAAAGGGAUAUGUGUUAAUUAGCAAUUUUGUUUUUA